AUGAGCUGAAAGUAAAUAGGAUAGCAUACAGCGAUUGCAUAAAAAUCGAUACAUGUAUUUCAACAAUAAUAGAAAAAAUAAUAAUACAUACUUCUUAUUAUAUUUCAGGUAAAACAAUGGAAAAUCUUCGAAAGCAUCGUUCAGUAGAGUUGGUCCACACAGAAAAAAGAUUGAAGAAGGUCGCUGCAAAAUCAACCUAUAAACUCCAUAGAAUUUUCUGUGAAGAUCUUGUUGGAGUAGAAUUAAAUCGUCUUAAAUUGAAACUUAAUAAACCCAUAUAUAUUGGAAUGACUGUUUUAGAUUUAUCAAAAUAUACUAUGUAUGACUUCUAUUAUAACCAUUUGAAACGACUUUAUGGUUCAAAAGUGCAGUUACAAAUGACUGAUACCGAUUCGUUUUUGUUUUAUUGUGAAACAAAUGAUUUGUUUAAUGACAUGUAUGCAUAUACCCAUUUGUUUGAUACUUCUGAUUUCCCUAAAGAUCAUUAUCUUUUCAGUAAUGUAAAUAAAAAGGUAAUGGGUAAAAUGAAAAGUGAAACAAUAAACAAAAGUAUAUCGGAAUAUUGUGGUUUGCGAUCAAAAAUGUAUGCAUAUAUUUGUGAUAACAAAGAAGACAAAAGAGCGAAAGGAAUUUCAAAACAUGUUGUUAAAAAAGAAUUAAGAUUACAACAUUAUAAAAAUGUGUUAUUUGAAGAGUCCUCGCUAUUAUCAAAAAUGCAUUCAUUCAGAAGUCACAAUCAUAAAAUUUUUCUUGAGAAAAUCACUAAAAUAGGUUUAUCCUGUUUUGAUGAUAAACGAUAUCUUCUAGAUGAUGGAAUCGCUAGUUAUGCAUAUGGUCACUACAAAAUGCAACAAACAUAAUACAUGUAUUAUUUAUUAAUUAAUAUUGACAUGAAAA